AUGGAGGGACUUUUCACUUUGCUCGCUCUGAGCAUUGUGAUGGCGAUUACGUCUUUUGUCGUGGGCUCAUUACCACUUGCUUUCACGCUCUCCCCUUCUCAGCUGAGGUUGAUAUCCUCCAUUGGCAUGGGAGUAUUAGUCGGAACUUCUUUGAUCGUGAUUAUCCCAGAAGGAGUGGAAACAUUAUACAGCGCAAGCUUGCCUGCUGGUCGAAACGGCAUCAGCACCCGGUCGACAGCGACAGCAUUCAGCUGGCACCCUCAAAAACCACAUACAGCUGCGGUGUCUCCGUCUAUCUUAGACGACCUAGCGACUACUCCUACAUUGCAUAUCACUCGCGAUGGACACGAUGAACUAUCUGAACGAAAAGAAGAGUCAUCCGGCGACACCGAACACAAGAGUCAUGACGAAGAAAGCUCGCCUCACGCUUGGAUCGGUAUCGCGUUGAUCAGCGGAUUUAUCUUGAUGUAUCUCAUUGACAAGCUACCUGUGCUAGCAUCGCCAGGUAAACAGGAAAGGAUUCCUUACCACAUAUCGCUGGACAAUCUUGGAUCGGGCUUGCGACGUAAUUCGUCCCCAUCUCGAGAAGGUGGUCUUUUGGAUGCUGGAAACGUCCCCAAGAGUAGCCAUAGCUUCGCUACCACCACUGGCCUUGUCAUUCAUGCCGCUGCUGAUGGGAUUGCCCUGGGUGCAUCCAGUUCCGACACUGGGCUGAGCUUUAUCAUUUUCCUUGCAAUUAUGGUUCAUAAAGCGCCGGCUUCUUUCGGCCUCACUUCCGUGCUGCUAAAGCAAGGACUUUCUAGUCGCACUGCUAGAGCUCAUUUGUUGGUUUUCAGUUUGGCCGCCCCCUUGGGAGCGCUGAUGACUUUCUUAUUUGUGCAAGUCAUGGGCUCGGGUUCCAGCGGCGACGAAAUUAGUACCCGUUGGAGAACAGGCGUACUGCUACUGUUCUCGGCCGGUACCUUCUUAUAUGUCGCCAUGCAUACGAUGCAGGAAAACAGCCCCAACACCUCCCCACGUGAAUCGCCUGCGAAUGGGUAUGGGGAUCCCAGAGAUAUCCCCGCGAAGCACGACAAGUCUAUGAGAGACCUAAUCGCUUCCGUCGUCGGCAUGAUCUUGCCCUUGUUUUUGCAAUUAGGCCAUGCUCACUAA